AUGCUCGUGACCCUCCAGGCUCUCCUCACUGGGAAUAUCGGAGAAUACCUGGCAAUCCUACCGGGAAGCCCGACAGAAGAUGAGGAGCGUGCAUACGCCGGGGUCUCCAAGCUCUGGCUAGGCUACAUGGCGGGGAAUGAUCUGGACAUGGUGGACGAUGAACGGGACAGCGUCAGCAUAUCCACUACGAGCCUUACCGAGCAGCCGCAGCUGCCGCAGGCCGACACAGAAGGCGCAGGCGAGGGCGAGGACCCGCACACAGACUCCGACGAGCCAACUUUGGAUAUUGACACUAUAAGAGACUGGCGGGACCCUAUCACUGGGAUAUCAGGCCGGAAAUUGACAAGGCGCUGGAAGACUUCUUCGAUGUGCUCAUCGCCCGAGAUAGGGCGGAAGCUACCCGGGUCGUUGCCCGGCUCGAAAAGGAGGCCGAGGGCUUAG